AUGACUGCGCUGCUGGGGAUUAGCCAGCAGGAUCCAAGGCGAUUGGGGGAAAGUUUGUGGAUGUCAUCGACGACCUCCUCGUCCAGGUCCUGGGCAGAGCAAGAAGAGCGGGCAAGUGGACGAAUGAAGGCCUUUGCUGGCAUUGCUCUCGCUGCCCCGGCGCGCGUACCUGGCGUGAUGGGUGCGCUGCCGUGGGACCCAUCACGAUUGUCACCAUCGACUGGUAGGUUUGGACCAGGGGAGAUGGAGGAGGACAAGUUAUGCCAGCACCGCCCUCGUCCCUGGGCGGCGGCAACGAUGGAUAAGGACAUGGGGAGCGUUGCCAGCGUGGACCAGCAUGAGCUCAUAAGUUUCCUUGACGACACGGAUACGGACGCGGACGAGUUUAUCCUUUGCUCGUCUAAUAACUCGUCUCCUUCUUCUGUUCCCAUUGCGCACUUUCCGAUCGACGAGAACGAGAUCGACAGAGAUCUUUCAUCAACAAGAACCACCAGAAGCACCAGCACCGACAUUAUUUCCAAUAGUAUCCGUAAUAAUACUUCGUUUUACUCUUCCGCACGCUCGAGCUUUUCGUCAUCGACAACGACAACAGCAACAAAUUUGACUUCUACAACGACAUCGGUAUCGACAGCCACCACGACAACGGCGACAAUGGCGCCAACGACCAUUACCAACAGCUUCCUCAGCAUUGGGGGAGGUGACAACAACGCCGCUAAGAGCAAUGGAAAGAAGACAGCAGUAGCAACAGCGGAGACGGCGGCCGGUGGACGGACCAGCGAAGAUAGCGUGGACCGGUCUCACGGCCUCUGGAACUAUUUGCAUCACGGACUCGACGGGUACAGCUCGCCCGAUCUGCGUUUGCUCCAGCACAACCAGCAGCAACAGCAACAGAGCCAGCAACAGCAUAAACAGUCCCCUUCGUCAUCGUCAUAUCAUAACCUCUACUUGCGGCCCGACUCGUCGAGGAGCCACCAGCACUUUGACUUUCCCCGGACGAGCUCCGAGUCGGGUUCCCGCUCUGGCACUGGCUCUACCGCGACCGCGACCGCCAACUCGACGACGUGGACACUGAGGAGCGGCAAAAGUCACGAGAAGAGCAACAGCAGCGGCAGCAAGAAGACCACGGCGACGACGGUGUCUGCCGCAAACUCGGCGACGAUGGCUGUGAAGCCGACAAAGGUCAAUACCACCGGAUCAGCAACAAUUACUGUGCCGCCUCCGCCGGUGUCGCCUUCAUCGUCAGGGCCCUUUGGGGCGCAGAUGACGAAGCAAGAAUUCGAGGCGUUGCCGGAAGCUAUUCAGCGAAAGCUGGCUGGAAAGGUCCAGACCGACCCUGGACAGAGCUAUUCGUCUCCUCCAAUGAGUCUCCGACCCAAGUCCAGGGUACCUUCACCUCGCCAACCACAGCCGCCUGAGUUCCGCCGUAUAGCUGCAGCGGGGACUCGCGGCUGGGGGGCCGUUCAGGUACCCAUCGAUGCAGGUUGGCUCGCCGAGUCGCUGCCCAACUGCAGCAUCGGCGCCGCGGAGAGGAUACACUUACAGCGAGUGAGAGUGAGUGAGGAGAGCGAGAGUGAGAGUGAACUGUCCACUGAGACAUACACCCGAGAAAAGAACAGCCUGCUUCGGGCCCUCUCCCCCGGGAAGCAGCUCACAAUCAUCACCUUUCCGUCCAACCAACACCCAGCACAUCUCGUUCUUCAAUCUCUCUCUGCCCCCAACUCGCAUCUUCGUCCCCACACCCUCAUGCACUUGGCUCCCAAUAUCACCUUCAUUCGCUCCGGGGGGGGGGGGUAG